GGGGAGGGGGAAAAAAAAUGAAAGUGCUUGGAAAAUAGUGUUGUGUUUUCUUGCAGAGGAGGGACGUCAUAGUCCAAGCACAGAGAGCAGAAGUAGGAAUAGGAUCAUACCAAGACAGUGGAGAGAGAGAGAUCAAUCGGAGACAUCAAAACAUAAGAUAUUACACCAGUUGAACAAAGUUUUUUUUUUGUUUCCCACAAGAGUCCUGAGACAAAUCGUUCAAGAAUAUUUGCAAAAUAAUAUGCGUGCAUCGUGACGAGUCGCUGAAAUAAAUGGCCUGGGCUUAAAAAUAAACAAAGGACUGUUUAUGGUUUUCUGUUCUUCCCCCUCUCUUUCUCUUCAACAAAUCGGCGGAGUGUUUUGCGCACAAUCGGGUGGCGCCGCUGACUGACUGACGGCAGGAGGGAACGAAAGUUUGCCAGGCGGGCGGAAUAAUAUUCGACGUAAACACCCCUUGUUUUCGACAUUGGGACCGCAUAUUUCAAACUGAGACACACUGUAGAGACUUCUGGAAACUGCGGACAUUUGUUCAGGCGAGCGGUGACAUCGAAAUCCGGAUAUAAAUCCUGUUUUAAGGCGUGUGCGUGGGUUGCGCCGUAACAUGAAGGUGGUGGCAGAUUGACGCGGAUAUCGCGAGCGCCGCUGUUUAGGAGCUGGGCUUCUAAGUUCUACCUUUCUGUCGAGAUAUUUCUGUUUAUACUGCUCGUGUAUUUAUAAAUCUAGUGAUUUUGACUGAGGUGGGCUUGGUUUAGUUUACGCAGUGCUGCCAAAAUGAGUGUAGAGACGGAGCGCAGUGUGGCAUGUCUGUUUGGAUCCGAGCGCCACUUCAAGCUCAUGUAAAUAUUGCCAUGCAAUCUUCAGGAUUAUAGGCUAAAGCACGGCCAUUUAUCAUCUAUAAACGCUCGCUAGGCUCUCGAUCAUCUUCUACUAACAUUCCAUCGCAAAAACAGGAUCGCUUGGGGAACCUCUUGUUCUCUGAUUCAAACGUUUUCUGUUUUUAUGGUCAGAAAUCCUGCAGCUGUUUUCGCACGCGGUUAAACUGCACGCGACGGGGACGAGCCAAAUGUUUCUCCUGGAAGCUCACAAGUUUUUCUGAACUGUCCUUUGAAAUAAACAUCGUGGAAAAGAAAUCACAACAAUAGUGCGCCCUUAGCUGCUGUUUUAGAGUACGUAUUUACAAUCCUCGCUGCCUUCAGAAAUUGCAGUAAACAUGUCAGAAAACGCACCUACGCGGAGUCUGGAUGACAUCGACCUGGCCGCCCUGCGGGAUCCAGCAGGAAUCUUUGAACUGGUGGAAGUCGUGGGCAAUGGCACCUACGGACAGGUGUACAAGGGUCGUCACGUAAAGACAGGUCAGCUGGCUGCCAUAAAGGUCAUGGAUGUGACUGAAGAAGAGGAGGAGGAGAUUAAAGCCGAGAUUAACAUGCUGAAGAAGUACAGUCACCAUAGAAACAUUGCCACCUAUUACGGAGCCUUCGUGAAGAAGAGUCCACCAGGACACGACGACCAGCUCUGGUUGGUGAUGGAGUUUUGUGGUGCCGGCUCAGUAACAGACUUGGUGAAGAACACAAAAGGAAAUUCAUUGAAAGAAGACUGGAUUGCAUAUAUCUGCAGAGAGAUACUGAGAGGUCUGUCUCACCUCCAUACUCAUAAAGUGAUCCACAGAGACAUCAAGGGUCAGAACGUACUGCUUACAGAGAAUGCAGAGGUGAAACUCGUGGAUUUUGGGGUGAGCGCACAGUUGGAUCGUACAGUGGGCAGAAGGAACACUUUCAUUGGCACUCCAUACUGGAUGGCUCCAGAGGUCAUUGCAUGUGAUGAGAAUCCAGACUCCACCUAUGAUUACAGGAGUGAUAUCUGGUCUCUAGGCAUCACCGCUAUAGAGAUGGCUGAAGGAGCACCUCCGUUGUGCGACAUGCAUCCCAUGCGAGCCUUGUUCCUUAUCCCACGGAACCCUCCUCCUAAACUCAAGUCCAAGAAAUGGUCCAAAAAGUUUAUAGACUUCAUCGAGGGCUGUCUGGUAAAGUCAUAUCCGAGUCGACCUUCCACAGAACAGCUACUGAAGCACUCGUUCAUCAGAGAUCAGCCCACAGAGAGACAGGUCCGCAUCCAGCUCAAAGAUCACAUCGACCGCACACGCAAGAAACGUGGUGAAAAGGAGGAGACUGAGUAUGAGUACAGCGGUAGUGAUGAAGAGGAUGAGAACAGAGGAGAUGAGAGAGAGUCCAGCUCUAUUUUGAAUGUUCCGGGUGAGUCGACUUUGCGGAGGGAUUUCCUGCGGCUGCAGCAGGAGAAUAAGGAGCGUUCUGAGGCCUUAAAGAGACAGCAGGUGCAGCUCGCCGCUCAACGCAGAGACCCUGAGGAGCACAAACGCCAGCUGCUGCAUGACCGACAGAAACGGAUAGAGGAGCAGAAAGAACAGAGGCGGCGCUUAGAGGAGCAACAGAGGAAGGAGAGGGAGAUGGUGCGGCAGCAACAGGAUAAAGCUCCUCACCGGAGACUCGAUGACAUGAGGCGAGAGGAAGACAGGAGGAUGGCAGAAAGAGAGCAGGAGUUUAUAAGACAUAAGUUGGAGGAGGAACAGCGGCAGUUAGAGAUACUGCAGCAGCAAUUACUGCAGGAGCAGGCUUUGCUAAUGGAGUACAAGCGUAAACAGCUGGAGGAGCAGAGACAGUCGGAGAGACUUCAGAGACAGCUGCAGCAGGAGCACGCUUACCUCGUCUCACUGCAACAACAGCAGCAGCAAGACAAGAAACCACAGAUGUACCACUACAGCAAGAACCCAGACAACAACAAACCAGCCUGGGCUAGAGAGGUUGAGGAGCGCAGUAAAUUAAAUAGACAAGGCUCUCCCAAAAUCUGCACUACAGUCUCUGACACCAACAUCCAAUCACGUUCUGAAUCAAUCAACCAAUCAGGAGCUGCUCAGACUCCACCCAUGCAGAGACCUGUGGAACUGCAGGGUGGACAGGGAAAGUUCCAGAUGGCCCACCUGGUGCCGUUAAAACCGUACGCUGCUCCUGUCCCUCGCUCUCAGUCUCUUUGCGAUCAGCCCACUAAGACCAUGUCUGCCUUCCCCACCCAGGAUCCCUCUCCCACACCCACACCUCGCCCUCUACACUCCAGAGAACUAGUCCGUCAAAAUUCUGACCCCACCUCCGAGACCCCCGCCCCACAGUCACGGCCAAUGAGAGAUGACCGAGGACCCUGGAUCCGUCUUCCUGAGAUUGAGCAGCCUCCUAAAAUUCCUCAGAGAACAGCCUCUAUAGCCACUGCACUGAACACAAAUCUCUCCUCUGGUAUCAGACACCCAGUCCGAGCAAGUAAUCCAGAUCUGAGUCGUAAUGAGCGUUGGGAGCGAGGCGACAGUAUGAGCAUCAUGUCCAGCCUGCCACAGACUGGCUCUCUAGAGAGACAUCGCAUACUCAGCUCGUCAAAGAUGGACACCUCCCCCACCCUGUCUCAUGAUGGUCGACACAAACCAGGAGAAUCCCGGACCUCAUCCAGACCGAGCAGGCCAGCGAGCUAUAAGAGAGCAAUAGGAGAGGACCAUGGACUAUACUCUAAGGAGCGGGCAGAGGAGCAGCCACGGCCCCCGGUGAAGGCUAAUGACUACUCCUCUUCCUCAGAAAGCAGUGAGAGCAGUGAAGAGAGUGAGAGUGGAGAGGGAGUCGAAGAGGAGAGCCCAACUGACCGCCCACGUGAUGCAGAUUCUGACUCUGUGAACACUAUGGUGGUCCAUGAGGAGGAGGAAGGUGGAGGAGAGGAAGAACGUGCUGGAGGAUAUGGGGACCAAACCAUGCUUGUACAGAGGACCCCAGAGAAGCGUAGUCAUAAUGGAUACACCAACCUGCCUGAUGUGGUUCAGCCCUCCCACUCUCCCACAGACUCGGCCUCCCACUCUUCUCCAGGGAAAGACUCUACAUAUGAUUAUCAGUCCAGGGGAUUGGUGAAGGCCUCUGGAAAAUCCUCAUUUACUACUUUUGUGGACCUUGGAAUGUACCAACCUUCAGGAGGCACAGGAGAUAACAUGCCUGUUGGAGGUCUGGGCUCUCGUUUUGAGCAGCUGAAGCUGGAGGUGAGGAAGGGCUCUAUGGUCAAUGUCAAUCCCACCAACACUCGUCCAGUCAGUGACACUCCUGAAAUCCGCAAGUACAAGAAGAGGUUUAACUCUGAGAUCCUGUGUGCUGCUCUCUGGGGUGUGAAUCUGCUGGUAGGAACAGAGAACGGUCUGAAGCUGCUGGAUCGCAGUGGACAGGGGAAAGUUUAUCCACUGAUCAACUCGCGCAGAUUUCAGCAGAUGGACGUUCUGGAGGGUCUCAAUCUACUCAUUACAAUAUCAGGAAAGAAAAAUAAGGUGCGUGUAUAUUAUCUGGCCUGGCUGAGGAACAAAAUCCUCCAUAAUGACCCAGAGGUGGAGAAGAAACAGGGCUGGACCACUGUAGGGGAAAUGGAGGGCUGUGUCCACUACAAAGUGGUGAAAUAUGAAAGGAUUAAGUUUUUGGUUAUCGCGCUGAAGAAUGCCGUGGAGGUUUAUGCUUGGGCUCCGAAACCUUACCACAAAUUCAUGGCCUUCAAGUCAUUUGGUGACCUGCCUCAUAGGCCUCUGUUGGUUGACCUCACAGUGGAGGAAGGCCAAAGGUUAAAGGUCAUCUAUGGGUCAAGUGCUGGCUUCCAUGCCAUUGAUGUCGACUCCGGAAACAACUAUGACAUCUACAUUCCUGUGCAUAUCCAGUCCCAGGUGACUCCUCAUGCAAUUGUAUUCCUGCCCAACUCCGAUGGGAUGGAGAUGCUGUUGUGUUAUGAGGACGAGGGGGUUUAUGUCAACACAUAUGGACGCAUCAUUAAAGAUGUGGUGCUGCAGUGGGGAGAAAUGCCCACAUCUGUGGCCCAUAUCUGCUCUAAUCAGAUUAUGGGCUGGGGAGAGAAAGCCAUUGAGAUUCGAUCUGUUGAGACGGGACACCUGGAUGGAGUCUUCAUGCACAAGAGAGCUCAGAGGCUUAAGUUCUUGUGUGAAAGAAAUGACAAGGUGUUUUUUGCAUCAGUGCGUUCUGGUGGCAGUAGUCAGGUCUACUUCAUGACCCUCAAUAGAAACUGCAUCAUGAACUGGUGAAAGAGCUGCCACUUAAAUAUAGAUUCUGCUGUGUGCACACAUACAAACACUGAAGAGUCCUCACACACUACAAUUUCUCACAUACACACUCUGUAAAUACAAACACAUAAUCUUGCACAAGCCUACAGACGUAACAUACAUACACUUACAUAGAGUUAUUUACUUCCUGAAAACACUCCUUCACCAUCUUUGAUCGCUGAGCCAACUGUACAAGGAGUGUGUGUAUGUACUGUGAGCACUGCUGACCUCUGACAGAGCAAUGUUGUGUACAGCUAAUUCCAAACGUUUCGCUUUCAGCUCACUUAGCCUUGUAACAACAUCCCUCUCUGAUAAUUUGUGACAUUUUUAAGACCAGACAAAAAGGCUUACUGUACUUUCUUUCUAGAAAUGUAUGCAAGCUAAGAGAAUGACAACAUUUCUGCAUGUCUGACACAGCAGCAGUGUGUAUGUGUGGUUGAGAGACUUUAUAAGCUACUAUGAGCAGCAGAAACAACUUGAAACUCUGCAGUGGUAGAGGUACUUCAACAUCUGUAAUUUUCCAUUUCCACUGUAUAGUGUAGUAGUUUGUAACUGGUUGCAUUCAAAGUUUCGGAUACAAGUGAUAUAAUGUUUUCUUUUCAAGAAGUAGAAGUUAAGACAAUGAUUUCAGAAAUCAAACAAUAUCAGUUUUAACAUUCUGAGAUGGUUACCCUUCUGAGGGAGGGAAGAGAAUGGGUUUUGCUUUCUCGAUAAAUAAACAAUAAUCCGACGCCUGUUUUGCCAAACUGUUUGUUCGAUGGAAACACCUUUGUUGGCCGCUUACAGAGCAGAAUCCAGCAUUUUGCAUUUCCACUUGUCAGCUGGUGAGACGAGUCACCCACAGUGGUCUUUUGUUUUGCUUUUUAAAGCACUUUCAAAGAACUAUCAUCAUCUACUACAGUUUGAUAUUCUCUGUACGUAAACGUACUCUGUAUUACUCCUACUUUUAUUAUCUACUGUUCUAUAGCUGUUCUAUUGCAAUACGUGCUGUGUGCUCGUUCUUGUAUGAAGUUUUACGAGGGAGUUUCUCUUUGGUUAUUCUAAUUCUAGAGGCAGGAAGUUAUGAUUAAGUGCUUUUUUUUUUGGCAGCAUAAAUGUAUAGUUCAGUUACCACUGUGUAAAUUGUACAUAGCAGCCAUGAAUGCAUUUAGAUAAAAAUAUUGUUUGUAUGCACUAGGCACAUGAUUAUUUUAAAGUUAAAACACCACUACUGCAUAAUACAACAUUAGCAUUUUUCUCACCUCUGAUAGUGAUUUCAUAACUGUGUCAUGUGUUUAUGCUGUCAAAAUUGCUUGAUGUUCUUGGAAAUGUAGGGUUUUUUUUGUUUGUUUUGUUUUUUUUUAAUGCUGGCUGCAUCAGGGAAGUGUUUGGACCCACCAUUUUUAGUAACAAAAAUGUAAUGUUUUAGACAAAGACUUGGGCGUGGAUCUGAGCAAAAAUAUUCUUGUUUAUCUGAUGGUGUGCAAAAGAAAGAUGUGUGUGUGAUUGUGUAUGUAUCAAUGGGAAAUAUUACUCGGUAACUUACAGUAGGAUCAGUAUAAAGCAAUAGUACAGUAUAAUGAUUAGUGAUUGGUUUGUGCCUGGUAUUAAUGUCUCCAGCUUUGCAAUACUAAACCAGAGAUUAUUUUCUAGCUAUUCCCUCAUCUACAUCUACAGCAUACUGAACAUAAUCAUAGUAUUUACCUGCUUACUGGUCUAAAACAUUUUAGAAUACCUGUUCAGAAUCUAGUAUUUUCUUCUAUCCCUAUUUAACAAAGAUGGUUUGUUAAAUACAAGAUGGUAUGUUACAUACUUAAAAAUGCUGCCUUUAAAAAAAAAAACGGCUUGUGUAUGAUGAACUAAUUCUAUUUGAACACAUUGAUGCACUUUGGUCCUUCCUAAACAUUUUUCUAGUUAAUAAACAUAAAUAAUUUUUAAGCACUGAUUUGUACAUUAGCUUGUGGCAGUACAAUCAUCAUCAUCAUCAGUUACCUAAUAGCCCCUCCCCUCCCCAAGCUGGACAUAUUGGCUGCUGUCACACAGUGACACUUGUCUAGACAAGCACUAAACGGUGAUGACACAUUCAGUCAGUCAUCAUUAAAAUAAAGCAAUGUUGAGUGGAACACUUCAGACAAGUACAAAUAAUUAUACAUUGUUAAAAUUGCAUUUUGGAGAAAAACAAACCAAACUUAAAUAUGUAUAUCUGAAUUGGACACUACUGUGCCAUUGUCACAGAUUCUCUUUUUCAAACAUUUAAAAUAUUUUGUCCACCUCCCUUAUUAUCUGUAACUCUUUCAAUCUCUUACUAUACAAUUUUAAGCAUUUUCGUGCUUAGUAAAUCAAACUGCCAUGUUUACUGAAACAACAGUGCCUUGGAUUGGGGUUGGGUGUAUUUGCUUGAUUGUGUGUAUGUGUGAGCAAUGAAUGAGCAAGUGAUUGUCCUUCAGGGAAGAGAAAAGUUAGUGAUAGAGAUGAAAAAUAAAUGAAGCCGAAUCCAGUUCGUUGUUCAGUUAGGGGUCUUGUGCCAACAAAGUGCACUUAAACUGACAAAAGCCAGAGCACCAAGACAGGCUCCUCUCUCACUCUUUUUUAGCACAAAAGCCAUGCCAUAUAGAGUUCAUUGCUGCAGUUUUAGUGCAGUGCAUUCCUCCACAGUAUUUAGACUAAGCUUGUUUAAACGCCACACAACUAGUCGAAAAACUAGUUAGAUAACAAGAUCGAGCACUUUAUUCUGGAGUGGAUGAUUAUGUUUUUAGCUUGAAUUUCAUUGGCUUUAUAAUUUUGCCAAAGAGGGGAAUCCUCCUGGUUUUCAUGCACAAACGUUUAUAAAGGGUUUGGGUUGUCAUGGUGAGGAGCUUGAUUCAUGCAUUGUGAUGUAAUGGUUCCCAGCAUUCCGGAAAGCUCUUGAAAUUUGGUGAGAUUUUGCCUUGAUGCUUACUAGUGAAUGCAUACAACACAUUUUUCACGCUACUGGAUGACAAUUUAUGUUUUUAUAUCAGAUUUUUGAUGUAAUAAAGAAAUUAUUAUAGAGAGGAAACAUGCUUUAUGACACUAAGUUAAAUGGAAGAGUUUAUAUUAGGAUUAUAAUGGCCUGUCUGGUUGGAAAAACUGAGGAAAUUAUUAUAUAAUCCCUCAAUUAUUUUUCUUUUAGACCUAAAAUAUAUGUACAUUUCUAUAAAAAGAAUUUAAUGAACAUAACCAUAGAAAUCAAUAAAUAAAUGAAUGCAUUUGUACAUGUAACAUUUUGCUGGCUGGAUAACGAUAUGAGUCCAAUGCUUCUUUCUGUGUCGCAGUCAAAGCUGUACCUAAGGCUGUACAUUCAGUUAGACUCCUCUCUCUCCCCUCUUUUUCCCAGCGAGUGUUAUAAAAGAGAGAGUGUGGGAGUGCGAAUGUGCAUGUGUGAAUAGGAGAGCUAUUUUUGAUCCGAGUGUGUGCUGUUCAUUAUUCCCUUAGUGGAAAGAGAGUGGGGGGAGAAAAGAAGACCAGUCAAAAGCUAUUGAGGACCAGUAUGGUCAAACAUGCACUCAAAUCAUCAUCACUGGACUCAAGCCACAAAUAUGACUUGCGUCAUGUUUAUAAAAGCCAUCAAUAUCCAAAUUUAACAUUUUAGUCCAUUCUAUAGCAAUGGACCACACUCUUGAUCUCACAGUAUAAGACUGACUUCAGAAUUAAAGCUACUAGCUCGAAUAGCUGAUUAAUAUGGAUGUUUUCUCUCGUGUGAGGGUAGUUCUACAGGUACACAUGUCGUUGGCUUAAUUGGAAACUUUCCAGGCAUAAUGAAUGUAUUCAGUUUGUUUUAUCCUGGUCUGUUCAACCACCCAAAGCCAGACUGGGAUAAAAUGUUGCCAACUUUUGAAAUUCUCAAAUGUGAGUGCUCUUUAAUGAAUGGGGGAAGAACUGAUGCUGAGUUUGAGCUCUGUUGGAUUGAAGACUUAUCAGACAGCUGGGUCAGAUGUCUAUAUCUGCAGUUGUCUUCAUUCUGGCUCAGGUGCACAUGCUUCAUUUGAAAUAUGUGAAGAUGAGAUUUGACAUUCCAUUCCACAAGUUCCCUCCUGCACAGUCCACAAGAUAAAACAAAUUUGAACAAAUGCUCCUCAGACAUUAUCGUUAAAUCCACUUGCUCAUUCACUUUAAUGUUCAACAAUAGCCAGUCUUUCAAAUGCUAGACCAGGUUGUGUUUAGCAGUCGUAGAAAGGUCUGGAGCUAUCUGGUUUUAGAUUAAGGCCUUUACUGCUGUGUUUGAGGUAUUUAUCUAUUCUACAUGCUAUUAGCACUAUGCUAACAAAUGGCAUUUCUCUUGUUGUUCUCUAGUAAUACGAAUUAAUCCCUUAGCUGAUUUUGUAAAAUAUUUACUACUCCAAAGAGGGGGGGGCCUUUGUAGUUUGUUUUUGUUCUUUUGGGUUCAUCUUAUAGUAGCCAGGAGAGGUUAAAGGUUGUUUUGGAGGUCUUAAUAAAGUUGAUCCUCUGUGAUGGGUUGAUUAUCAUUCUUUUCAUUUCUUUUCCCCCCCCAAGUCUUUGUUUCAGAAAAAGUUGAUGUGUCAGCCAUAUUUUAGUGUUUAUGUUUAGGAGAGUGAAUGUUUCAGAUGAUUUUAAGUCUUAAAAUGCAUUCACAAGUCUGUAAUGUCUUAAAGCAUUAUCUGAGAAUAAAAAUUACUUGAUCUCUGUUAA